AUGGAUAACCAGACCAGAAAUAACCACUUUACCUUCGACUUUACCACUCCUGCCAUUGAUCUAGCCUUGCAACUCCCCACUCCACCCCCAAUAAACAUCCAUCUCAAACCCACUACUCCCCGCCUCCAACUUCUCUCUCCAUUCUAUUCCGGUGUCAUUCCCGCCGAAAUCCGCUCCCUAAUUUUCUCCUACGCUCUCACUCCCACCCCAAUCCCAAACACAGAUUACGACCCCAACACCAAUUACGCACGCCCAGGCUUCACAUGCCGCACGCAACUGCACCUCUCCCUCCUCCGAACAUGUCGACGUAUCUACCUCGAAACCUACCACCUCCCCCCAACAUCCAUUCCUCACGUAUUCUGGCACGCUCGACACCCCCCCUCCGCUAAACCUGCCCGCAGCGAACACUCCUAUUUCUCCCGUCUCCCAGACUACCAGCUCGCGCUCCUCAAAUCUCUCCAUCUCCACACGCAACUCUACUGGCUCCAAGAUUACCUCCGUCCCCUCACUUCCGCACACUAUCUCCAAAACAUCACCUCUCUCAAGCUCACCAUUCGAAGAGGCGACUGGUGGUGGAACGAGCGAAACGAACCACUAGCCAUCAAUCCCUACCGCGGCAAUGCCGAUAUCCCCAGCAUGCGCAGAGACAUGGAGCGCUCGCUACAGGGCGAAGCGCCCACAUGGCAAGCGGGGAAAUGGGGCGCGUCGCUUGCGGGGUUCCCGCAGCUGGAAGUGCUAGAGAUGGAGUUUGAGACGAGUGAGGAGAAGAGAGAGGAGUUGAAAAUGAUCAUGGAAUGGGCCCGGACGUGGGAAUUCCCAAUGGGGAAGAGAGGGGUGUUGAGUACGCGUAAACAUACUAAUGCGCGCGCGGGAGAUGAAAGUGAGAAAGGUGAGUUGGGGGAUGUGAAGACGUGGGAGUGGAGAGGUAAAGCGGUGCAUUGGAGUGAUAUCUGCCCCUAUUGUGUGGGUAAUGCUUGUCAGCGGACGGAACCUGCGAAAGGGAAGAAUGGGGAUAAGUGUCGGGAAAGAAAAGGGUUGGUGGAGAGGGGAGAAGGUCCUAUGUUGGUUGUGAUGGAGUUGAAAUGGAAAUUAAGAGGUCAUCCGGUGGGAGAAGAAUGUCCGUUGGUUGGAGAGGAGGAGGAUGACGAGAUGGUGGAUUCGGAUAUGAGUAGUGACGAUGAAGACGAGAUGGAUUGGGGAGAGGAGGAUGAGGAUUAA